AUGAAUCUACAUCGUUUUGAACGAUAUAUGGCUGCCAUAUUUUAUCUUGAGAUAUAUCGUGCUCGAAAAGAACUUAAACGAAUGAAAUCAAUUCAACAUAGAUUAAAGAAAGGAAAAUAUAUUCUUCGUGUUACAGAUAAAAGUGGUAUAUUUCAUAUUGGUUACACAAUAUAUUAUGACAAGAAAAAAGGAACAUCAUUAAGACCUAUUGUCACAUCAACAAAUAUACCAACAACUGAAAUAUCAAAGUCUUUAGACGAAUUAAUUCGACCAUUAUUUGAUAAACAUGUUCGGUCAACAACAAUUAUUGAUGAUGUUGAUUUAAUUCGUCGUUUGGAAACAUAUGUGGCUAAUGAUUAUCUUAAACCAACAAAUAAUCUAUGUACAUUUGAUAUUAUAGAUUUAUAUACAAUGCUACCACAAGAAGAAUCACUCGAUAUUCUAACUGAAUUUCUUCUUCAAUACGGUUAUCGUAAAGUAAAACAUAUUCCAAUUGAUGCUAUUCAAAAAUUAGCUCAUAUUGUCAUCACAGAAAAUGUUUUCAUAUAUGAAAAGAAAUUCUGUCGACAAAUUAUUGGUGGUGCUAUGGGAUCAGCAUUUAUAUUAACUCUAGCUAAUAUUUUCAUGUGGAAAUGGGAACAAAAGCUCGACCGUCGACAAGCGGCAUCCAACGAGAUCUAUGUACGGUCUGUUCCAUAUAUUAAAUGA